AGUUAUAAGUAAACCGGACGGUUAAGAGGUCGUCUUCUUAUUGCUUCUUCUUCCUUCUCUUCAACGUCCCCUUCUCUUCCACUUCACGUCCCUGCGAAUUUAAAGAGCCACCUGUUCCUAGAGAGAGAGAGAGAGAACCAAAAUCUCUUUAGCACAAUCUCUUAUGGAAAAAAUUACAGAGUACUAAUUCUGAAAUCGCAGAUUCUUGUUUCGGAAGCUCUGAAGAUUGAGCUGCUCCCUUUGUGUGUGUAGCUGGUUUAUGAGCUUGAUUCAUCUUAUGGAAUAGAUAUUUUUUGGUUUCUUGGAACCCUGUUCUUCUUCUUCUUCUUCUGGUCUUGUUGAAGGAAAAAAAAAACAAUGUCUCCAAAGAUCAAAGGAGAGAAUCUUUACUCUAGAAGCUUCGUAUCAAGAAAAUGGACGUUUCUACUCUGUUUUGCAAGUUUCUGCUUCGGGAUAUUUUUCACCGAUAGGAUGUGGAAUAUUCCAGAGUCUAACGACAUGGCUCGACCAUCCGUGACAGAAGCUGAAAGAUUGAAGCUUAUCUCCGAAGGCUGUGGUCCUAAAACACUUUACCAGAAAGAAGUAAAACGCGACCCCCAGGUUUUGUUUGGAGAAGUCUCCAAGACUCAUAACGCUAUACAGACAUUGGAUAAGACCAUUUCAAGCUUAGAGAUGGAGUUGGCCGCAGCUAGAUCAGCUCAGGAGUCUUUAACGAACGGUGCUCCUGUUUCUAAUGAUGUGGAGAAGAACCAAUCACCAGGGAAGAAAAGAAGAUAUUUGAUGGUUGUGGGGAUUAACACUGCUUUUAGUAGCCGAAAGAGAAGAGAUUCUAUUCGAACUACUUGGAUGCCUCAAGGUGAAAAAAGAAAGAAAUUGGAGGAAGAAAAGGGAAUUAUUAUCCGGUUUGUGAUUGGUCAUAGUGCCACAGCUGGGGGAAUCCUAGACCGAUCCAUUGAAGCAGAGGACAAGAAGCAUGGAGAUUUCAUGAGAUUGGACCAUGUUGAAGGAUACUUAGAGUUAUCAGGCAAAACAAAAACAUAUUUUUCUACAGCCUUCUCAAUGUGGGAUGCAGAUUUCUAUAUCAAAGUAGAUGAUGAUGUUCAUGUAAAUAUCGCAACUCUUGGAGAAACUCUUGUUAGACACAGGAAAAAACCUCGAGUCUAUAUCGGCUGCAUGAAGUCUGGUCCAGUACUAUCUCAAAAAGGAGUUAGAUACCACGAGCCAGAGUAUUGGAAGUUUGGUGAGAACGGGAACAAGUACUUCCGUCACGCUACUGGACAGCUAUACGCCAUUUCAAGAGACUUGGCUUCUUAUAUUUCCAUUAAUCAGCAUGUUCUGCACAAAUACGCAAAUGAGGAUGUUACAUUGGGUGCUUGGUUUAUCGGUCUUGAUGUCACCCAUAUCGAUGACAGAAGACUAUGUUGCGGCACUCCUCCUGAUUGUGAAUGGAAGGCACAAGCAGGGAACAUAUGUGUUGCUUCAUUUGACUGGACAUGUAGCGGUAUCUGCAGAUCCGCUGAUCGCAUAAAGGAGGUUCACAGGAGAUGUGGUGAACCGGAGAACGCUAUUUGGAAAGCUACAUUUUGAGGCCUUUCCACAACAUAUAAAGAAAUGGUCAUGCAGAAAAUAAUUCUCCUUCUGCAAUAUUCUUUGAGAUUUAUCUACUUUUGUAAUAAUUGUAUCAUAGUUACUUACUUACAUAAGGGAGGACUAUAGUGAGAGAAAGAUAAGGAUAUGAACCUCUUGAAAGUUUAGCGUUUUGCGAUAAGAGUUUCCGAUAGAGUAGAAGAAAACCUGUCGCAGUCACAGCCGCAACAGCUACAGCAAACGCACUUAUUUCUUUCUGUUUUUUUUUAUAUGUUAUUGUUUUGGAGUGAAGUAGCUUGUGGGUUUUAGUACAAUUUACAAACUGUUAUUGAUUUGACUUAUGGAGCUACGAUUUUGAAUAACAAGAAAAAAGAUUUUAAGUUUUAAA